AUUAAACGUUAUGCCAGCACUCCUGCAGAGAGGAUGGCGGUCAUGGAAAUGGACCGUGAGCCGCCCUCGUUUGCUUAGCAUCGUGGCCGGAGCCUUUUUGCAGCUGAAGUUGAGGUGCUCACUUGCUCGGCCUGACGACAACGGUCAUCACCACCUCUGUUGGUUGAGUUGAUCCGGAGCUUUCGCCAUUCCUGUGCAGCAUACAAGGUGCUGUACAGGCAGGAUUCCAUUCGGUGCACAAAAUCGUGGUCCGAUUUGCAUAGGCUAGGCUUUCGACCCUAAAAGCAACUGCUGAGAUUUGCGUAGCUGCCCGACCACUUGAGGAUAACCUCGAUUUGCGCUGAACACGUGGUGGAAGUUGUUGCAGACAAAGGUCGUGUGCCGCUUUGGUCUGAUCCUUGUUUGAGGGAAAGAUCUGCACCGCAACUUUUGGUGCUGGUGGACUGCUGCCGUUUCCUACUGCCCCCAAAAUGCAGCGCCCCCCUGGGCCUCCCCCGCCGUACUUGCAGCCGGGGCAGCAGCAACAGCAACCAGGCCAGCCCCCCCAGCCGCAGCCUAAUGCCCCUCCGCCUGGCCCCCCUGGCCCCGUCCCGUCAUUCCGCCCCUCUGCGCCUGCCCCUGGCGCCCCCCCUCCUGGUGUGCCUGGUCCCGUCCGCUAUGCUGCUCCUGGGGUGCCAGGCCCCCCUCCCUUUGCUGGCGGUGCCCCCCCUGUGGGCCCCCCUGCCAUGCCGGCUGGCCCCAGUAGUCAGGGCCCCCCUACUCCCUUUUUCCAGCCCCCUGCCAUGGCCCGACCUCCAGGCCCGCCCCCACCCUACAGCCAGCCUUCCGGGCCGCCACCUCCUUACGGGCAGCCUCCCGGUCCUUCUGUGAGGCCUCCUGCGUACAACGCCUACCCCACUCCCGGCCCAACCUACGGAGCCGCCCCCGUCCGCCCUGCCCCCAGCCCUUACACCGGCUACAAUGCCCCCCCUGUCACCCAGAUGGGCCCGCCGCCCCCCGCUCCGCUGGGUGCUGUGCGGCCCCCACCUUCUUUCGGGGUGGGUGGCCCUGCUGCUGGCGGGCCCGGCCCUGGCCCCGCUGCGGUCCCCUUUGCCGGCCCACCUCCUGCGUAUGGCGAGCCUGGCGUGCCCAGCCAGCCCCCGCCGCAGUCCCCGCGCCAGCGGCUCCUUCAGCAGCAGGCGGCCACAGCGGGGUACCCCCCUGCGCCUGGCCCGUACGGCUACGGCCAGCAGCAGGCGCUGGUGGAGGACUUUGAGAGCCUGACCCUCACGCCGCAAAUGGGGCCCGGGGGGGCCACGGACACAGUCGCGAAUGCUGAGGCGCUGCCGCGGCCAUUGGCGGUUGCCGACGUGCCGCCGUUCACAGCGGCAGCCAACAGCCCGCCCACCUUCUUCCGGUUGACCUGCAACGCCAUCCCCAGCUCCGGCAGCCUGCGCGCCCGCUGGCACCUCCCGCUGGGGGCCGUGCUGCAGCCCCUCGCGCGACCCCAGAAAGGGGAGGAGGUCCCCGUGGUCAACUUUGGCCCUUCAGGCAUUGUGCGCUGCCGGCGCUGCCGCACAUACGUCAACCCGUAUGUAACCUUCACCGAUGGGGGUCGCCGCUGGCGCUGCAAUGUCUGCGCCCUGCUUAACGAAGUGCCGGUGGAGUACUUUUGCGCGCUGGACGCCAAUGGGCGGCGCCAGGACGCGGACCAGCGGCCGGAGCUGGCGCGCGGCAGUGUGGAGUUUGUGGCGCCGCAGGAGUACAUGGUGCGCCCGCCCAUGCCGCCCGCCUACCUCUUUGUCAUCGACGUCUCCGCCAACGCCGUCGCCUCCGGCAUGCUCCCGCUGCUGUGCGGUGCGGUGCGCGCCAGCCUGGACCGGCUGCCCGGAGACUCGCGCACGCGCAUCGGCUUCGUCACCUUCGACAGCACGCUGCACUUCUACAACCUGAAGGCCAGCCUGGCGGCGCCCCAGAUGCUCGUGGUCACCGACCUGGAGGACCCCUUUUUGCCGCUCCCCGACGAGCUGCUGGUCAACCUGAGCGAGAGCCGCGCUGUGGUGGAUGCGCUGCUGACCAGCCUGCCCGCCUUCUUUGCGGGCAGCACCAACCUGGAGGCCGCGCUGGGCCCUGCGCUGAGCGCGGCGCACCUGCUGCUGGCGCGCCUGGGCGGCAAGGUGCUGCUCUUCCAGGCCGGCCUGCCCAGCCUGGGGCCGGGCCGCCUGCGCACGCGCGGGGACGACCCGCGCCUCUACGGCAGCGACCGCGAGCACACACUGCGCAUCGCAGAGGAGGCCUUCUACAAGAAGACGGCCGCCGAGUUCAGCCGCGUGCAGAUCGGGGUCAAUGCCUACCUCUUCGCCAACUCGUACAUCGACGUGGCGUCCCUAGGCACUCUGCCGCGCUACACGGGCGGGCAGGUGUACUUCUACCCCGGCUUCACCCCCGCCGCGGACGGAGCGCGCUUUGCGUGGGACCUGCAGCACGACCUGGAGCGCGAGACGGCGUGGGAGGCGGUGAUGCGCAUCCGGUGCGGCAAGGGGCUCAAGAUCAGCAGCUUCCACGGGCACUUCUUCAUCCGCUCCACGGACCUGCUGGCGCUGCCGUGCGUGGACGAGGACAAGGCGUUCGCCAUCCAGAUCAGCCACGAGGAGCAGCUCGUCCCGCAGCAGACGGUCUACUUCCAGUCCGCGCUGCUCUAUACCAGUUCCUCGGGCGAGCGCCGCAUCCGCGUGCACACGCUCGCCGCGCCGCUCGUGGCCGACCUGGGCGACAUGUACAAGGCCGCCGAUGCGGCCGCGUGCGUCAACGUGCUGGCCAAGCUGGCCGUCGAGAAGUCGCUGUCGGACCGCCUCGAGGCGGCGCGCGGCGUGGUGACGGCCAAGGCCAUCCAGGCGCUGCGCGAGUACCGCCAGCUGUACCCCGCCGCGCAGCUGCGCACCGCGGGCGGGCGGCUCAUCUACCCGGACACGCUGCGCCUGCUGCCGCUCUACGCGCUGGCCGUCACCAAGGCCACGCCGCUGCGGGGCGGCUUCCAGGAGGUGACGCCCGACGAGCGCAGCUUCGUGGGGUACGAGCUGAUGACGCUAAGCGUGCCGCGCCUGCUCAAGCUGCUCUACCCCACGCUCUUCCGUGUGGACGGCCUCCCCCCCGAGGUGGGGCGGCCCGGCCCUGACGGUACGGUGGUUGUGCCGGCGGCGCUGCCGCUGAGCGCGGAGCGGCUGGACGUGCGCGGCGCGUUCCUGCUAGACGACGGCCUGCGCAUGGUGCUGUGGCUGGGCAAGCAGCUGCCGCCCGAGUACGCCGCCAGCAUCCUGGGGGCGGAAGCCGCAGGCCUGCCCGACCUCACCCAGGUUGUGCUGACGCCCCAGAAGAAUGCAACGUCGCAGCAGCUGCUGGCGCUGAUUGCGCACCAGCGCGAGGGCGCGGGCGUGUACCCGCCGCUGGUGCUGGUGCGCCAAGGGGAGCCGCGUGAGGCGCUCUUCUACCAGGGCCUGGUCGAGGACAGGGGGGUCGGGGGGGUUAGCUACGUCGACUGGCUCAGCACCCUCCACAGGCAGGUCCAGCAGAAGGCGUAGCCUAGGCUGGUCAGGAAUUGACACGUGAGAGUCGCAUCAUGAAAAGGUUGUGGUCCAGUCAAAGCGCGAGCAGUCUCGACAGUUACUUGACAACAGUGUGGCGACCGGUUGCCACAUUGAUUGGUCGAUUGGAACAUGCAUACAAAGCAUCCAGUGCUCGAAGGUCGUUUCGAGCAUGUUUGCCCAAUCGAAUGGGUCUUCCUAAAUAAAUCAUAAAAUCGACUGCCCCAUUGCUUGCUUGAAGUAAGACAUCCACCUAGCUACACUGAACUGUUUUUCGACAUCUGUUGAGAUCGCAUUCAAUUCCAUGCAAA